CCGAAUCUAAAACGUCGUCAUAGGAGUAUCUGGAUGUCCGGGGGUUCCCUUAUCUCUUGGCGCCAUUCUCUGUGAAUGUUGCCAUCUUGACUUGUUAUAUAAAGCUCUCGUAGUCCCCGCGAAUCCACAACUUCACGAUCUUGAUUUCUUAGCCUCACUCUUCCUAUCUCCUUUCCUAUUACUCCUAAGACACUUGUUCUACCCGUCACCACUUAUACACAACAACUACAAGUGGAUUACAGUCUCUUACAACAGUUGGCCUUUGCAAAACAGCUUAGGUUAAACAAAACAACUUCCACUCCUCCCCUACUACACCUAUCACACAUUUUUGCCCACAAUGGCGCCUAAAGCUGUUCACUUUGGAGCCGGCAAUAUCGGCCGUGGCUUUGUUGCCUGCUUCCUUCAUAACUCUGGAUACGACGUCAUCUUUGCUGAUGUCGCCGACGCUCUCAUCGAUAAGAUCAACGAAACCUCGUCGUAUCGCGUCAUCGAAGUUGGCGUCGAAGGUACCACCGAAAGCACAAUCACAAAUUACCGCGCCAUCAACUCCAAGACGCAUGAGGCUGAACUGGUAGAUCAGAUCGCCGAGGCUGACAUUGUGACUUGCUCUGUUGGUCCCAACAUCCUCAAGUUUAUUGCUCCCGUCAUUGCCCAGGGUAUCGACAAGCGUUCUACUGAUCUCGCUCCUCUAUAUGUCAUUGCUUGCGAAAAUGCCAUCGGCGCGACCGACACUCUCGCUUCUUUUAUCAAGGACCCUAAGAACACCACUCCUGAGCGCCUCGCCGAGCACGACAAGCUCGCCCGCUACGCCAACUCCGCCAUCGACCGCAUCGUCCCUGCUCAAGAUCCCGAUGCUGGACUCGAUGUCACGCUAGAGAAGUUCUUUGAGUGGGUUGUUGAUAAGACCCCCUUUGAAGACUGCGGCAUCCCCCCAAUUGAGGGUAUUACCUGGGUUGAGAAUCUCGCUCCUUUCAUCGAGCGCAAGCUCUUCACCGUCAACACCAGCCAUGCCACUGCUGCAUAUCAUGGCUACAACCGCAGAAAGCGCACCGUCUAUGAUGCCCUCCAAGAUAAGAACAUUAUGAAGGAGGUCCGCGGUGCGCUCAUGGAGACCAAGAACCUUAUCGUCAACAAGCACGGUAUUGAUGAGGCCGCCCAACAGGCUUACGUUGACAAGAUCAUCAAGCGUAUUGGCAACCCCCAUCUUGAAGACGCCGUUGAGCGUGUUGGCAGAGCCCCUCUCCGCAAGCUCUCUCGCAAGGAGCGCUUCGUUGGCCCCGCCGCUGAGCUUGCUGAGAACGACCAGCCUAUCGACUAUCUUCUCGAAGCUAUCGAAAUGGCUUUCCGUUUCCAGGAUGUUGAUGAGGACAAUGAGUCUACGGAACUUGCAUCCAUCAUGUCGCAAGAUACUCCCGAAGACGUUGUCAACAAGGUCUGUGGCAUCCAAGCUACGGAGAAGAUUUACCCUCGUCUUGUUGAUAUCGUCAAGCGCGUCCAGGAUGACUCCCGUGAUGAUUGACUCCUGGAUGGCGAUGCUGUGAGACCCACAGCUCGCCUACACAAGAUGUAAGGGCAUCUACAAUACACUGUUAACGUUGUUUGACGGAAAAUGAAGUUACGAUGCAUUUUGUCGUUUCUCGCUGCAUCCGACAGUAGUAUCACUGCGGUGUAGCAUGUUACAUGUGAUUAGCACGGAGUACUGGAAAGGGUUGUUUUUUAACUGGGAGCGAUACACUUUUGAAUUUGAUAGAAUGCAAUUUUAUGCACAAAAUGAAUACACUUUUCUUAAAGC